AUGGCUAGAAGACCAGCUAGAUGUUACAGAUACCAAAAAAACAAGCCUUACCCAAAGUCUAGAUACAACAGAGCUGUUCCAGACUCCAAGAUCAGAAUUUACGAUUUGGGUAAGAAGAAGGCCACUGUCGAUGAAUUCCCAUUGUGUGUCCAUUUGGUCUCCAACGAAUUGGAACAAUUGUCUUCUGAAGCUUUGGAAGCCGCCCGUAUCUGUGCUAACAAGUACAUGACCACCAUUUCUGGUAGAGAUGCUUUCCACUUGAGAGUCAGAGUCCAUCCUUUCCACGUCUUGAGAAUCAACAAAAUGUUGUCUUGUGCCGGUGCGGAUAGAUUGCAACAAGGUAUGAGAGGUGCUUGGGGUAAGCCCCACGGUUUGGCCGCUCGUGUCGACAUUGGUCAAAUCAUCUUCUCCGUCAGAACCAAGGACAACAACAAGGACGUUGUUGUUGAAGGUUUGAGAAGAGCCAGAUACAAGUUCCCAGGUCAACAAAAGAUCAUCAUGUCUAAGAAGUGGGGUUUCACCAACUUGGACAGACCAGAAUACUUGAAGAAGAGAGAUGCUGGUGAAGUCAAGGACGACGGUGCUUUCGUUAAGUUCUUGUCCAAGAAGGGUUCUUUGGAACACAACGUCAGAGAAUUCCCAGAGUACUUUGCUUCCAAGGCUUAG